GCAGCCGGGGCGGGGCCACGCUGGAGCCCGUGUCCCGCUCCCAUGGCCGCCCCCGGCUCCCCGUGCUGCCCCCUUUCCCCCGGGCCGCGCCCCGGGGCCCCGCACUGACGGCCCAUGGCGCCGCCCGCCGCUCGCCUCACCCUGCUCUCCGCCGCGGCGCUCACGCUGGCGGCCCGGCCCGCGCCCAGCCCCGGCCUCGGCCCCGUACCCGAGUGUUUCACAGCCAAUGGUGCGGAUUAUAGGGGAACACAGAACUGGACAGCACUACAAGGCGGGAAGCCAUGUCUGUUUUGGAACGAAACUUUCCAGCAUCCAUACAAUACUCUGAAAUACCCCAACGGGGAGGGGGGCCUGGGUGAGCACAACUACUGCAGAAACCCAGAUGGAGAUGUGAGCCCCUGGUGCUAUGUGGCGGAGCAUGAGGAUGGUGUCUACUGGAAGUACUGUGAGAUACCUGCUUGCCAGAUGCCCGGAAACCUUGGCUGCUACAAGGAUCAUGGAAACCCACCUCCUCUAACUGGCACCAGUAAAACAUCCAACAAACUCACCAUACAAACUUGCAUCAGUUUUUGUCGGAGUCAGAGGUUCAAGUUUGCUGGGAUGGAGUCAGGCUAUGCUUGCUUCUGUGGAAACAAUCCUGAUUACUGGAAGUACGGGGAGGCAGCCAGUACCGAGUGCAACAGCGUCUGCUUCGGGGAUCACACCCAACCGUGUGGUGGCGAUGGCAGGAUCAUCCUCUUUGAUACUCUCGUCGGCGCCUGUGGUGGGAACUACUCAGCCAUGUCUUCUGUGGUCUAUUCCCCUGACUUCCCCGACACCUAUGCUACAGGGAGGGUCUGCUACUGGACCAUCCGGGUUCCGGGGGCCUCCCGCAUCCACUUCAGCUUCCCCCUAUUUGACAUCAGGGACUCGGCGGACAUGGUGGAGCUUCUGGACGGCUACACCCACCAUGUCCUAGCCCGCUUCCACGGGAGGAGCCGCCCACCUCUGUCCUUCAAUGUCUCUCUGGACUUCGUCAUCUUGUAUUUCUUCUCUGAUCGCAUCAAUCAGGCCCAGGGAUUUGCUGUUUUAUACGAAGCUGUCAAAGAAGAACUGCCACAGGAGAGGCCCACUGUCAACCAGACGGUGGCUGAGGUGAUCACAGAGCAGGCCAACCUCAGCGUCAGCGCUGCCCGGUCCUCCAAAGUCCUCUAUGUCAUCACCACCAGCCCCAGCCACCCACCUCAGACUGUCCCAGGUAGCAAUUCCUGGGCGCCACCCAUAGGGGCUGGAAGCCACAGAGUUGAAGGAUGGACAGUAUAUGGUCUGGCAACUCUCCUCAUCCUCACAGUCACAGCCAUUGUAGCAAAGAUACUUCUGCACGUCACAUUCAAAUCCCAUCGUGUUCCUGCUUCAGGGGACCUUAGGGAUUGUCAUCAACCAGGGACUUCGGGGGAAAUCUGGAGCAUUUUUUACAAGCCUUCCACUUCAAUUUCCAUCUUUAAGAAGAAACUCAAGGGUCAGAGUCAACAAGAUGACCGCAAUCCCCUUUCUUGUCACGGCUUUGACCCAGAGCUGACCUUCGGCUGGGAAGACCCGAAAGAUGAGGAAUUCCAAACCAGUGCAUGGCAGCGCAGAGCCGAGGAGGGCCAGGGCAGGGGAGGGCUCUGCCCCCAAAAGAUCUGGGCUUAGGCCGGCCUGGAACCAUCACUGUCAUCCUCAGCCUCAGCCUCCCCGUCUGGAAAGAGGAAUGGAAUCUAUUCUUCAGGAGACUCUGGACAUGCUUAUGUAAUUUUUAUCCCAGGUGGAAUUUACCUUGCCUCUCAGAGCAUCCAGUUCCUCCUCUCCACCCCUUCUUGCCAUACCUUUUCCUUUUUAGUAAGACUACUAGAAGCUCCAUGUAUGAGCCACCCACCAUGCACCAGGCACUCCGCUUCAGGCACUGUGCACAUCCUCCAGUUCUUCACCAUGGGUAUCACUUUCCCUCUUUUGCAGAUGAGACAGGUGAGGUUUGGAGAAGCCAUGGGGGACAGUAGCUGGGAGCAUAGCCCUGGAGUCAGCCCUCCAGGAUUCAGCUUCCUCCACUGAUUAUGAGGCCAGUGAGGGUAAAACAGGGAGCCUUUGAAGGGUUUCAGCAGAGGAGUGACAUCAGAGUCCCAGUUUAGAAAGUUCUCCUCCUUGCAUCUGGGGAAACAGAUCAGAGUGGGGUAAGACCAAGGGCAAGGAAACCAGUCAAGAGACUCUACAGGCCCAGCCAGGAGAUACUGAGAGCAUGCCUAGGCCCCCACAGCAGUGCUGUGGAGAGAGAAGCUGACUGCACCCCCAGGGCAGGGGCACAUUUGUGGGGCUGGGUAGCUCAGGCUUACAUCCCAACUCCACCACUCACCAUGUGACCUGGGGUGAGUAAUGCAGCCCUGUGUACCUGUUUUCUCACCUGUCAAAUGGGGGCAGUUACA